GCAAAUUGAAGUUCCUCCCGCGACAGCAGCAACGCCACAGCCAGCGGCGAAAGCUUUCGUCAAGUCGUCAACAACCAAUAAAUAUCUCAUGAUUUUCAAGUUUUCUCGUAAUUAAUUUAAUGGGAUGCGAUUUCUGCUGUACACAGAUGCGCAAUCCACCACAAACCGCAAUCAGAGGCAUUCUUUCCACUCUCCACGGAGUUCCCGCCAGGCGUUCGACGUUUUGCCCGGCCAAGAACCAUCUCCCGAACUCGCUCAGCUCCCGCUCUUCUAUUUCUACUUCCGCCGCAAGAAUUUCGGAAAAGGCAAAUUGGGAGUUCAGUCGUGGAAGAAAACCGGAAAAGAUACGAUCUUUGCUUGAGCUAAAAACAUCAGAGACUUCUUGUUUGGAGGAAGGAGUCGAGAAAAGUAGGCUUAAAUGGUAUUCGGAAAAGCUGAGAGAUUGUGCAGCUGGAAUGUGUCGUAGAGAAGGCAGAGUGAUUCAUGGCUGUAUUAUUCGAAGAGGGACCGAGCCUGAUGUGCACCUGUGGGUUUCUUUGAUAAACUUUUAUGCAAAAUGUGGGGCAUUGGAGUUUUCGCGCGGCGUGUUUGAGCAAAUGCCGGUUAAAGACGUAGUGUCGUGGACUGCUCUGAUAUCGGGUUAUGUAGCUCAAGGGAAUGGCAGAGAGAGUGUUGAGUUGUUCUAUGAAAUGAGGAGUGAUGACGUGAGGCCGAACGAGUUCACUCUGGCCACCGUGUUGAAGGGCUGCUCGCUGUCGUCGGAUUUGGGCUUUGGGAAGCAAGUGCACGCGGAGGUGGUUAAGAUUGGCGUUCUCUCGGAUGCUUACAUCGGUUCAUCUCUGAUUGACCUUUACUCGAAAUGUGGGGAGAUGGAGUAUGCGGACGACAUUUUCUGUAUGAUGCCGGAGAAAAAUGCUUUUUUGUGGAGCGCUUUGCUUAAUGGUUAUGCACAGAUGGGAAAUGGUGAGGCGGUCUUACGAUUAUUUUUGAGAAUGACUGAGCCAGAGUUGAGGUUUAGUAACUUCACGUUGUCGAUUGUGUUGAAAGGAAUAGCUAGCUCCGGUGCUCUUAGAGCUGGUCAGGCGAUCCAUUCAAUGGUGAUCAAGAUUGGUGGUGAACUUGAUGAUUUUGUUACAUGUAGCCUAGUUAAUUUGUACUCAAAAUGUGGAGUGGCGGAUGACGCCCUAAAAGUGUUUAGGAAGAUAAAUAAUCCGGAUAUAGUUGCGUGGAGCUCGAUUAUCAGCGUGCUGGAUCACCAAGGUUUGAAGGAAGAAGCAGCCAAGUUGUUUCAACUGAUGAGGGAAUCUGGUGUGAGGCCAAAUCAGUUCACUCUCUCAAGUCUUGCUAGUGCUGCCACCGAUAUAGGUGACCUGAGCUAUGGCCGAAGCAUUCAUGGCUGUGCUUACAAGUAUGGGCUCGAAUCUGAUGAUUUGUUGAGUAAUGCGUUGAUUUCCAUGUACAUGAAGCUUGGAUCAAUAUUGGAGGGGUACCGUAUCUUUGAUAGAAUGACUAAUCGGGAUGUCAUUUCUUGGAACGCCCUCUUAUCCGGAUUCCAUGAUGAUGGAACUUCUGAUGAAGGAACCAGGAUUUUCAGACAGAUGCUUGCUGAUGGUUUUAGGCCCAAUAUGUAUACUUAUGUUAGCACUUUAAGGUCAUGUUCGAGCCUCUUGAAUGUUGAAGUUGGGAGACAAGUUCAUGCCCACAUAAUAAAAGACAAAUUCGACACAGAUGAUUAUGUUGGGACUGCUCUGAUCGACAUGUAUGCCAAGUGCGGGCGCAUGGAGCACGUGGAAGCCAUAUUUAACACGUUAGACGAGAAAGAUGUCUUCACUUGGACUGUUAUGAUCUCAGGCUUCUCACAGACGAAUCAAGGAGAAAAGGCGGUUCAUUGCUUCAAUGAGAUGCGGAGAGAAGGUGUUGUUCCUAACGAGUUCACCGUUGCUAGCUGUUUGAGGGGUUGCUCCGGGCUUGCCAGCCUUGAGGGUGGACGACAGUUGCACUCGUUGGCAGUUAAAGCUGGGCUGUCUACUGACAUUUUUGUAUCCAGCGCACUGGUUGACAUGUACGGGAAGUGUGGAUACAUCGAUGAUGCUGAAAUCCUGUUUGGUGGAAUGAAACUGCGUGACACUGUCAUGUGGAACACAAUGAUAUGCGGAUAUUCUCAACACGGAGAGGGCGAUAAGGCUCUUCAAGCGUUUAGUAAAAUGAUGAACGACAGACUGCUGCCCGAUGGAAUCACCUUUCUAGGUAUCCUCUCUGCCUGCAGCCACAUGGGAUUGGUUGAAGAAGGGAAGAAGUAUUUUCACUCAAUGAGUGAAUCCUAUGGAAUUUCUCCCAGUAUCGAGCACUAUGCUUGCUUGAUCGAUGUGCUUGGUCGAGCAGGCAGAUUCGAUGAGGUUGAAUGCCUUAUUGAAGAUAUGGAGCUAACUCCAAAUGCUUUGAUAUGGGAGAAUGUACUUGGUGCUUGCAGACUCCAUGGAAAUGUGGAAUUGGGUGAAAAAGCUGCUGAGAAACUCUUUCAAAUGGAUCCUGAAACAGAUUCAAACUACGUUUUGCUAUCUAAUCUAUAUGCUGCAAAAGGGAGGUGGGACGAUGCCUCCAAGAUUCGAGCAUCCAUGUCAAGUAAAGGCGUAAAGAAGGAACCUGGAUGCAGCUGGGUUGAGGUUGAUGCUCAAGUUCAUGUCUUCUUAUCUCAGGAUGCAUCACACCCGAGGCUAUCGGAUAUCCAUCAGAAGCUGGGGGAGUUGGGAAACGCGGUCACUGAAGCAGGGUAUGCACCCGAUGCAGAGCAUUCACUUCAUAAUGUUUCGGGCAAGGAAAGGGUGGAUAAUCUCUUACAUCACAGUGAGAGGUUAGCUUUAGGGUUUGCUCUCAUAAACAGGAGCAAUGCUGCUGGGAAGAUCAGGAUUUUCAAGAAUCUUCGUAUCUGUGGAGACUGUCAUGAAUUUAUGAAGUUUGUGUCGGGCACCAUGGAUCGAGAGAUCAUAGUUCGUGAUAGAAACCGCUUCCACCACUUCCACCACGGCGUGUGCUCGUGUAAAGAUUAUUGGUGAUGAUGUUGUUAUCAUCGGGUGCUGAUUCGAGCUGUAGCAACUGCCAUCGGAUGUAAAGAAUACACGAAUCAAGAUCAUCCUCUUUAGUGAAUCCUGAGGUGAGUGAAGUUGGCCUUGUGUUUCGAGUCUUGGCUCGGAAAAUCGCUCAUCGCGGCUGUGGCUUUGUGGUGGAAGACAUGAAAGGAGCAGAUUGUGAAGUGAUUUUGCAGUUUGAAGGUAUCAUAUGCAAAGCAUUUUUAACUGUGGUAAAUCUGAGAGCAGCAGCAGUGAUUUCAUUCAAGCAUGUACAAAUAGAUUUUAAGGGAUGAGAAUUGAAACAAAAUCACGUUGAUUGUGGACAUAUAGGCAGCACAUUUUUGACUUGAUCAAACACAAAUUUUUUUACUUGUCUA